ACAAUGCAUCAUCUUUUUAUUUACUUUACUGUUCAUUAAGGUACCAAUUGGUUGUUUACCUUUCCGGCAACCCUGGUUCCUCGAUGGGCUUGCCCUUUUCUUUGUCCGCUUUAGACCAAGCAGUGCGGAAAUUUGCCAGUGCAGAUUUGAUGCUUUUAUUUUUUCGGGGAGUUGGGCCUGGUGUCUGGGUGGUUUGUUUGGGCACCAACACAAAUGUCAAGGCUGCAAAAAACUACUAGUUUGUAGUCGUGCUGCCGUGCUGCAAUGGCUAUGGUCACUUACAACCCUGGCCGGCGGCUACCCUCAAUAACAGUGCCUGGCUCGAAAUCUUCGUUGUUUGCUAGGUUUCCGGGACCUGAACUACCAUCGUUCUCGCAAAUUGUUGCUUCUCUAGGGCACCCGCCUUCGGUUUCCACUCAAGUUCCACCUGCAAAUCUGAGUCAGGCAGAUGACAGGACCGUAUCAGCUUUAUUGGGCUUGAAAUCGUUUUUGCUGGAUAGUAAGGCGGCAUUCCCGGUAUUGGACUUGCUUGAUCAGGGCUUGAGUGGUUUAGACGGGGUUAAUGCGAGUGAAUUUGUUAGCUCCUCCAGAUUUGAAAAAUGGAUCUUGAGUAUUCCGGACUCUCGUUUCAACAGUUUGAUUGUUGAACUAUCUGCUUUUAUAGACCAAUUGACUUUAUUGCAAAAUGUGAAGGCGAAUUUAUUGGUGAAAAAUGGCCCGCCAUGCCAGCAUAAACAAAAUAAAAUUGUUAAAAAAAGAGGCAGGAAAUCGAUACCCCCAGGGGGCAUUUGUCAUCAUUGUCACCUGGAGAUUACUCCUGAAUGGCGAAAUGGUCCUGAAGGUAAGAGAACCUUAUGCAAUGCCUGUGGCUUGUUUUACUCAAAAUUAAUCAGAAGAUUUGGUCUUGAUAGUGCUAAUAAAGUUUUGGCUCAUAGGAAAAUCAAUAGCGAUACUAAAAAUCGUAUACUACCAAAAAGUAAAUCGCUCGAAGAUAUUUUGAAAAAUAUGCAAUAAAACUAUAUAC